GCAAGGCUGUUACAGCAUCUCUGUUACCAAAUCAGGUCUGUCUGCCUGCCGCACAGCAACGGGCGUCCGGAGAACAUUCAGGCUUACCACCAGCAGCAGCGUUGGCGGAAGAUCUUGGAAGAGGCGCAGACGGACCAGCAUGAUCUCCCAACUCCUGACCCUGCUCUGCGUUGGGCUCUGUGUUGGCCAAGGAGACCUAAGAAGAGAUGAGUCACCUCCCAAGCCCUCCCUGAGCGCCUGGCCCAGCUCGGUGGCACCUGCCCGCAGUAACGUGACCCUGCGCUGCUCGACUCCUACCAAGGAUGUAAACUUUGUUCUCAGAAAGGGAGGAAAGGUCUUGGAGCUCUUGCAAUCACCUGAUUCCACAGAGGGCCAGGCGGAAUUUCACCUGACGGAUCUAAAAAGCAUUAAUGCUGGAGAGUACACCUGUGAAUACUACAGAAAAGGCCAUCCCCACAUAAGUUCACAGCCCAGUGAUGUCCUGCAACUACUGGUGACAGGGUAUUUUUCUAAACCUUCCCUCCAAGCCCACCAAAGGGGUGUUGUGACUGAAGGAGCAGAGGUGACCCUGCAGUGCCAGAGGCCAGACACUGAAAUUGUGGCUGUAACGUUUGCCCUACUGAAGGCAGGAACGGCAAUGCCCAUGCAGCGCCGGAGUCCAGAGGAGAAGAGGGCGGAGUUCUCCCUUCAGAAUGUGAGCAUCGGUGACACAGGGAACUACAGCUGUGUGUACUACCAGACAAGGGCCCCUUUCUUGGCCUCCCGCCCCAGUGAUCACCUUGCGAUCUGGGUCACAGGUAAAGAUGAAGGAAAGUCUUCCGAGAGAGCAGAAAGCAGGCUAGGGACCACUGGAAUCAUUCUCAUCGUCAUCUUCAUCUUCCUCUGCCUCCUCGCCUGCUUCCUCAUUUACAAAUACACCCGGGGUGGAGUACAUCCUGACAAGAAGACCAAAAGCUCCUGCUCUUCUAAGGAUCCUGAAGACAGGGUGACAAGUAAUCAGCCUGGGAAAGAAAGUGGUGGUGCAUCGGCAUCUGUGAAGAGUUGUUCCCUCGCCUUGGAUGAAGGGUCCCAGGUCUCAUGCACUGAAGAACCCCAUGGAACAACUUAUGCUGACCUGGACACCAGAGCCCUAAGUCAGGGCCCCUCCAGCCAGAUGAAGCAGCCUCUGGAAACCUGUGUGUACUCAGCCGUUAAGACACAGCCUGGAGAAGACCUGGAGCCUGGGAAGAACUUCUGACAAGGGAACAGACAACGAGGCAGAGGCUCCUUAGAAGACUAGGCAAGCGGGGGUCCCAUUCCUCAAAUCUCCAAUGAAGAUGUGUUUCUUUCUUCUAAGGAAGUUUUUAAAGUGAGAGGUAUUCACACAGAGUAAAAUGCACAAAUCUUAAGUGCACAGCUCAGUGACUCCAUCCAUCCAUCCACUCACCCAUUUAUACAUCUAUCCAUCUCCAUCCAUCCAUCCCUUGGUGUAACCAACAUCCACAUCCAUCCCUCCAGAAGGUUUCCUUGUGACGCUUCCCAGUCGACUGCCAUUUCCCCUGAGAUCAUUCUUUCUUCUGACCUGUCACCUUGGGUGAGUUUUGCCUUUGUUCUUUCAUACGCACUCAUAUAAAUGCAAUCACGCCAUUCGUACUCUUCUGUGUCUGUCUUCUGUCACUUAAAUAUACUGUUUCUGAGAUUUAUGCUUGAUGUCACCUGUAUUAGUGUCUUCUUCCUUUUUCUCUGCUGAGUAUUACUCCAUCGUAUGUUUGUACCACAGCGUGUUUAUCCAUUCUCCUGUUCAUGGACAUCUGGGUUUGUUUCUGGUUUGGGGCGUUUACGAGUAAAGUUUCCGUGAACACGCUUAGCUAUGUCUUUGUGUGGAUAGGCAUACAUGCAGCCCUUUACCUGGAGGUGGAAGGGCUGGGUCAAAGGACAGCUAUAUGCUUAAUUUUAUCAGAGACUUUCAAAGGGUUUUCCAAAGGGCUGCGUCAUUUCCUGCUUCUUUCUUUGCGGGGGUGGGGGUGGUGGUUGUGGUGGUGGUGGUGGAAGCAAUUAAGUUGGUUUAUUUAUUUAUUUAAUGGAGGUACUGGGGAUUGAACCCAGGACCUCGUGCAUGGUAAGCACGUGCUCUACCACUGAGCUCUACCAUCCCGCCUCCUGCUUCCUUCUUGCUGUGUGCUCAGUGCCUUUCUCGGCUGCCAAGCUCCUGCUCCCACUCCCUUCCCACCAUAAAACUGCCCCAUGACCUCACAUGAAUUUGUGGGCUGGGGGAGGGAGGUCCUGAAUGAGUGAGCAUUCACGGUGUCAGUCAGACUCUAAAAUGACCUCCAGUCCUCUCCGCUCCUGUGUAGUCCCCUCCAGGGGGACUGGUGACUUGCUUCUAACCUACAAUAUGGUGAAGAAGGUGGGCUGUCACUUUGGCGGGUACAUUAUCUGAGGCUGUAACUUCUAUCUGGAUGGCAGACUCUUGACCACUGAAAUGGUGUCCCCCUGAAACUGAGCUCCCCUGAUGAGUUUAAGAGUAGCCGCUCUAUCCAAAACUUUAUUCCCUUUCUUGUCCCUCCCGCCUUCCCCUCAGGACUGAGGAUUAUCAAAGAAAACAGGGGAUUGAAACCUAGCAGGACCCUGCAGGGCCCUCCCGGGUACAAGAGCUCCUCUGUGUCCCCCGUUUCUGGUUUGUACAGAAAAAAAAGCUUUAGUCUGCUAGGCCUUCCCUGAGUUCCAAAGAGCAAAUUCAAGCAGUUACUAGUUAGGGAAGAGAGGGAAUGCAGAAACAAACGAAAAGCAGCCAAGAAACAAUAGUUCAGCAAUAAAGCAGAGUCUGAGCUCCUCCUCAAGGGGUGUGCGUAACAGUUUAACCUGUAUCUUUGAGUUGUUCUGCAGAAACUAAGACCCUGCCCCCCCCCCACCAGGUAGAGGCUGGUAACUACACACUGACCAUAAGCACACAGACCCCAGACUGGCUGGAACCAGAAGGUUGAUGAUUAAGGUUCCCCAAACAUUUCCCUGUUACCUCACCACCAACCAAUCAGAAGAAAGUCCAUGAGCUGCUCAUGCCACCUGCAACCCUCACCCCAAAUGCCGCCUUUAAAACCCUUCCCUGAAAGCCAUCAGGGACUUCAGGUUUUUUGAGCAGGAGCUGCCCAUUCUCCUUGCUUAAUGCCCUGGAAAUAAAUGCUGCACUUCCCUUCACCACAACCUGGUGUCCGUAGACUGGCUUUGCUGCAAGACAGGCGAGCAGACCCACGUUUGGUUUGGUAACACUGCCUUCUUGGAUUGUGCACUUUGAUGACGUGGGCUGCCACACCGGGAAAGCCCACAUGGCAAGGAACUGCAGGUGAUCUCCAGUCAGCAAGGAACAGAGGCCCCUGACCCAGCAGGCUGAGGCAGCAGAAUCCGUGAACAAGCACGUGAGUUUGAGCUGUAUGACAAGGAAUCUGGCUGGUCUCUGCCUCUGGUACCUGGGAGGUAACUGUCAAUGCUCGGUGUUUCUCCUAAUAGGAGUCCCUUUGUUAUUCCCAGUGGGCCCCUUGGCCCACUCCUGAGUUUAUGGUAAUAAGAUGACUCAGGAUGGGGGAGGGGGCUGGUGGGUCCAGAAAUACCAACCAUGUGAUUGGAAGGUUGGAGCUUUGAGCCAGAGGAUGUGAGUCUUCUGGGGAAAACGGGGGCUGGAGAUGGAUUCUGUCAAUCACGCCUAUGUGAUGAAGUCCCAGCGAGCACUCUGCAUACCAAAGCUCAGGGGAGUUUCCUGGUUGACGAUACACACUGAUGUGUUGAGGGGGGGACACAUCCUGAGAAUAGAGGAAACUUCACACUGGGGGCCCUCCCAGACCUCCCCCUUGGCAUCUCUUCAUUUAGUUGGUCCUGAUUUGUAUCCUUUAUAAUAAAACGGUAAUCCUAA